CUUUGUAAAAAACCUAACACGUAGUAUUAGCUAGCUAGCUAUUUUAUUAUAAGUUUGACAAGCCACAUUCUAUUUUCUCUCGUAGCCAUAUAAUGUUCUUCUGCUUUAAAAAUAUUACCACUCUUUUCAGUGUUAGCUAGUUGCUAGCUAGCUAGUUGUUUUGAUUUCAGAAGAAUGAUUGGCAUCAUAAUGUGCACGCUCUUUUGUAGGUUGAAAAGCAGGAUCGACAUAGGGUAAAAUGGAUAUUAUUGACAUUUAAGGAUUUUUUUUUGGAAACGUAAUAUCAAAAAGCAACUGGAAUACACUUGAUCAUAGUGCCGUGUUUUGCCUGCACGCACAGAUAUGGAGUAUGCAAGUUAAUGAAAAGAUAUUUGAGGUUGAACAGAUAGUUUGUCGUCGAGAGCACAGAGGUAAAGAAGAAUAUUUAGUCUACUGGAAGGGUUUUGAUUUGUCUUCUGCUACUUGGGAGCCAGUAGAAAACUUACUGUCCUGUACAGAUCUCAUUGAACAAUUUCAACGCACUUCAAAUCCUAUUCCAGGUGCAAACCCAUAUAAGGUAUUACAUACAGAAAAGACAAAAACUGUACAUUUGAAGAUGUUACUUUCACGAGGAACAAAGAACAGGCACAAAAGAACAAAAUCCAUGGCUGAUCUAAGUGACUAUGAGGAAUCUAACAACAUUUUUAAUAAAGUUGAAGUAACAAACCAUUCUCUACCUAAUGGCUUUCAUAAAAAGAAAUUGAGUGAAAGUGAGAAACUUUUACGAGAUACUCUCUUACAUGAGUCAAAGACAAUGGCUCCAGAAAAGACUAGCUUAAGCAAAAUAAAUGGUAUUUUAAAUUGUUAUGAUCCAAUUAAAUUAAAUGGUGUUGUGAGUAGUGUUGGUGCUAAAAGAAGUUUAAAUAGGACUAAUCGUGUUAGACACUCUCAUAAUGAAGAAUUAGUUUUAUGUGCAAUUAAAAAAAAUUAUAUGGUGAUUACGCUGAAUAACACCAAAAGGCAUAACGUUUUGACUAUAGGGAUGCUUGAUUCAAUAUGUGACUGUUUAAUGAAAGCAAAGAAAAACAGUGAAGUUAAAGCUGUUUUACUAACAAAUAAUGGCGACUUCUUCUGUUCGGGGAUCGAUUAUUCUGAAUUAAUGAAUUGUAUUGAUGACAAAGAAUAUAGAGCACUUGUGUAUGAAUUAAUAUCUGGUAUUAGGCAUUUUCUGGGAACUCUUCUAACAUUUAGCAAACCAUUAGUUUGUGCAAUAAAUGGUCCAGUUCUUGAGUUUGGUGCAGCUAUUGUUGUAGCUUCUGAUCUUUCAUAUGCAACUUCAAAGGCAAGCUUUGAUCUAGUUUAUAAUAAACUUGGGUUAUCACCUAUUGGCUGUUUGACGCAUCUUCUACCUCAAGUCGUUGGCAACAGCAUGGCUAACUCUAUGCUUUAUAUUGGUGGCCGUUAUUCUGCAGUGUCGGUAUCUGAUCGUGGUUUGAUAUUAGAUAUGUAUGGUGUCAAUUCAUUUCAGGAAGACAUUUGCAAGAAGAUGUCCCAACUAACUGCAAAUUCUACUGGCGUUUUGGAAUCUACUAAAAAAUUAGUAAAGCAUGUUGAAGCACCUCGUCUUGUUGAAAUAUGUGAAGAGGAAUUGCGUAUUUAUCAGCAACAUUUGUGUGGAAAGGAGGCUAGAAAGAAAUUGAAAGAAGACUGGACCAUGCUUAUUAAUUUAUAUGGCGACCUUUAACUCCAUGCAUGGCAAUAUACUGCAUUAUAUAAACCCUACGAUCUGAUAAUUGAGUGCAUGCUUCAUCGUAUCAACAACGAUGAGGAGAUACCAGUUGAUGCUCAUAAACUUUAGGCAAAACAUAGCUGCUUGUCUAUUCUAAAGUCGAUAAAUAGAUGGGAGCAAGUCCAGUCCAUGUUGGGAAAUGUAGGAGGUUUUAAAAUAUUUGAAUUAGAAAAUUAGCAUCGAAAUUUUUAAUUAAGGUUGGAUGGGUUAAAUAAAUAUCACGUCCCGUCAUAAGUAGUUAUUAGCAACCUUACGGAACAAGGACGGAAAAAAUAUUAUUAUUUUUUCAAUGUGCAUGAGCAGACCAGGGUAAACCCCCCAAAACAAAGUUGUCGUUCUUUCUUUGACUUGAAAAAUGCCAUUUUAAGGUUAUGGGUAUGACGUCGAAUAUUUUAACGAGUAAAAAUGUCAUAUGAGAUUACUAUUGAUAAAAGCACGCAGUAAAAGCGAAUAUAAGUUUCUAAAUUUUUGUGGUAAGGCUUGUUCUCAAUUUUUGAUUUAUUUUGCGAUUUUUGACAGUAGCAGUAUUUCUUUUGAUUUUAUUUCACGUUGUCGCUUUCGUCUAAUUUUUCGUAAUUGAUUUUUUGGCGCGUUUUACAUAUGACAGGCUUUAAUGGGAUGUUAUUGACAACGCCGUUGUAGGUCGUCUCUGUUCUUGUUUCGUAAAGUCCGUACUUUACUUUUGACGCAACGACGCUGUUGCCUGACCAUAUGGUAGCUUUAUAGAUUUUUACCGUGUUUUUGGCGCGAAAGUUUCUGAGCUUAAAAGUGAUUUUCCAGCUUACGUUAAACUUGGUAACGUAACCAGCAUAAUUAACAUUGCGCAACCAAUAAUAUUGCUUGUGGUUAGGUUGUACUUAGCCAACCAAAAAAUAUUUUAUUGUAAAUAUUAUUCCUGAAAGAAGUUCCAGACGGCUUUUAA